UAAUAUUUACUGUGUCUCUGUAAGUGUAGUGUAUAUUCAACUGUGAGUGUUUAUCUAGCAGAAGAUCCGAUCUGGGGGCUUGAUACGGAAGAGUUUAUGAAAGAAAGAGAAGGAGGUGUAUUUCCGAGCAAAUAAUGAAAUCUGGUAUGGCCGCAAGUAAAUACCUUUGACAGGUUCGGCGUGCCAUGGUUAUGUUAAUAAUCUACCUCGCAAAGUUACACCUGUCUUACAAGGCUAAUAAGCCACGUAUGCGUCUUGCCGACUUAACCAAAGGACGUGCAUAAAGCACUCAAUAUCUCCGAAGUGGUGGACGUUCAAACAAUGCCCGGACCAAGUGUAAAAACAUCCAGAGAUUUCGAAUCUGUAUUGGUGAAGAAAAGUCUCCGAAAUUCCGUCCGAACUCGAGCCAUGAACUCUCGAGAGAAGAAUCUUUUAGAAGAAAAACUAUUGAAUUUGGAGAGAGCUACAAAUCGCACUAAUGGCCUUAUUCGCAAAGAGAUCAAUAACCUUAUGCACGAACUCAGUAACGCCGAACAUUACAAAGUCAAAGAAGAAAAUGCUGAGUCGCCUGUAAACACGGAAAGUAAUCGGGAUAGUGACUCGGAGGAGGAUGAAACAACAAGUAGUGUCCAAGAUGCUUCAGAAAGUGGGUCCGAAAAUAGAAUAUCUUGUAUCGAGAGCUUUCUAGAACCCGACAAACUGAUUUCAAACCGCAUCUUGCCCGCUUGCAAAUUGAAUUCUACAAAGCUUUUACCUUACGUGACUUCUGCUACAAUUUCGGGAAAGUCCAGGGAUCGGGAAGAACGUCGGGACACGGGGCACAGGUGUAAAUACGGUUUGACCAAAGGAGAAUGCGUUCAUUUCCCGUGUAUUUUGCCUAAAACUUAUACAACGUUAGGGUACAGGUUAACUGGGGAACCAGUGUCUCCUUGGGAAACGACGCCACGUGUGUUUUCCCCACCAAGAAUUUCAUAUCUCGGAAAAUCGGGAGAGGUCGACUUUCCCAAGAAAGAAAAGGCAGUGCAAGGCGUGUUUAGAGACCUGAGGGAGAAAAACAAAGCAAAUAAACCUCAAGACAGAGCGGUCAGGUAUGGGGAGUCGAUAUCCCGCCAUAAACUGUUGAAUCCUGUUAGACCUGUGCCGGCAGAGAAGAUACAAUUAUCGUUAACUUGAGAAGAGAGAGAGGGAGACUACAUAUUAAUUAUCCAGGAAAAAUGGCCAAUUUUAACGCCAAAUUUCCCGAGAAAGAAUUAAGAAGAGAUAUCUAAAGCACUCAUUUUUCAACAUUUUCUGUUUGAAAAUGAAACUUAUAAAACUUAUCCUGGGCAGUAUGACUGGGAUGGCCAAUUUAGACGGUGUAAUAAUA